AUGGGAGAUCUGUCAGAGGACCUGUUAGAAAGCAGGUGUCCUCGUCUGAUCUCAGAGCGUCACUUCUCCUCAGGAUCACCAGAGGAAACACCGACACACAAAAUGCUUCUCCUCCCAGCUGCUGCCCUGUACUGUCUGUGUUCAGGUGAGUGUUUCAAUCAGCCAAUCAGGAGCCAGCAAACUCGACCUUUACCAAACACCGUCUCACUCACCUGCUUCACCUGUGUGUGUGUGUGUGUGUGUGUGUGUCUGCAGCUCUGCUUUCAACAGCAGAAGAUCUGAUCCAGGAGGAUUUAACUCUGACCAGGAGAGAAGGAGAACAAGUCUCCUUCAGCUGUGAUCAAACCAACCGAUGUUCUAGUGACUGGGUAUACUGGUACCAGAAGAAAGACUCAGACACAUUCAGAAGGAUUCUGCAUAUAGACAGGAGCAGUGGUGAAAUAUAUAAAGGCUACAAUCAUUCUCAGAAAGAUGAUUUCUCAGCUGUAAAAACUGAGAACAGCUGUGAGUUGCAGAUCCAGACAGUUAAAGUCUCUCAUUCAGCCACCUACUACUGCUCCUGUUUGAAAAGGGGAGACCCCACAGUGAGAAAUGAAGAGAGCAGGCUGAACAAAAACCAAGAGAUGAAGAGAAAACCACAGACAGAGUCACAGACACACUGAACUGAGAGACUCCUGGAUUCACUGCUGUCAGGGUGUUAUUAUAGAUCUUUGAUUUCAUUUAGUUAUUAUAUAUUUAUUUUUAAUCAAAACUGUAUUUGCAGGUUUAUUGUUGUUCCACAAAGUCAAGAAGCUGACAGUUACCUGUCUGAAAGAAAAGGUCAUGAAGCCUUCAGUGAAACACUGACUGAAUAGAAAUGAUUUCUGAGUUUACUUCAACAGCUGACCAGUGACGCUGGACCAACAGGAGUCUAAUCAAUGACUCAAAUCAAUCAAUGACUCAAAUCAAUCAAUGACUUAAAUCAAUCAAUGACACGAAUCAAUCAAUGACUCAAACACCUUAAUCUGAAUUCUCAAACUCUGAUUAUAGUCGGACUAAGACACUCAGAUAAUGUGAUUGGAAUUUGAUUUUCUCUACCAUGUAACCAGCGUAGUCGGAGUAUGAUCGGACAAUGCAUGUGCACGUGCACCACGCCCCUUAACCCUGGGACAAAAAUACCAGAGAAGAAGUGGCGCUCUCAUUUUAAGAAGUUUCAACUCAGAGGAAACGAAAGAACGUCCGCUUUUAGAACGACGAGGAGAGCGCCGUUAUUCUUCCCGUCCUGACAGAAAUGGACAUUUUAAAGUUUAUGGACGGUCGCAAAAUGAGGAACGGAGACGUCUUUGAAAAUAUCUGGAAACAGCGCCAUAUCUAGUGUCUGUAAAGUUUUGUUAAAUUCUGAUGAUGUUCAGUGGAUGAAUUGGUGCUACAAACACUCUCAGUCCAUGAAUGAAGACUUGCGUGCUCAGCGGCACUGAAGGGGUUAAAAUGAUGUGCGGCUCAAUCUGUUGUAUCACUGUGGGACAGUAAAAAUGAAGGGGUAGCUACAGCUCGGUCUGCACGACCACAGCUGAGGACCUCUUUGGAAGCAGUAUGGCAGGGGAGUGGGCAAGGCUGGACCUGACAAAUCCAGAAGUCCCUGGUCCUCUUCUUUCCCGGCCUUCUGACUCCAGACCUCCUUUGGUUCUCUGGGAUCAUGUUCCUCCUGAACUGAAGGUCCCAGAGUGUGAACCAGAGAUGCCUAACCUAAAAGACUCUCCUGAGUCUGCAGAAGUUUCUGAAGAAUGACGGUCAUGGUUGAGUCUCUAGGCUGAGUUAGUGCUAACCAAGGCUGACCCAGGACUGCUGCACCUAUCAGGGGUAACCUGGUAGGUCUUCUGAUGGGGCGCCACCUACUUGAUCAUGUGGAUGUUGAUCUGGGUCUAUCAGCAGAAUGUAUCUACCAGAGGUUUCUUCAGGGAGUGAGGCGGAGCCAUCACCACACGACAGACACCUUCUUACUGACCUUUGCCCUGCCAAGGUCUGCCGUCCUCUGCUGCCCCAAAAGAGAGGUGAGAAUACUUUACACAGUCCAAUGGAGAUGAGGUCUCAUCGGGAUAACGAGGCCAUGCAGGUCUUUGUGUCUGACAGGGUUCCUGUACUUUUGGACUCUGAGCAGGGACCCAGAAUGACAAGGUUACAGCUGUAACUCAACGUCUGUCUCCUUUCUCAGAGAAGAAGAAGAAGGUGGGCGGGAGGCUGAGCUGUCCAGUGCAGGUUCAGAGGGUUAUUAGGCAGGGAUGUCCAUUCUCUGGCCAGCUGUGCUCACUGGCCAUUGAGCCACUUCGAUCUAAGUUGAGAUCUAGGCUGCCUGGGAUCAUGUUGCCAGGGUUGCUUUACCGCCCCCCACUGGUGGUUUCGGCCUACGCUGACGAUUUCAAUCUCUUUAUUAAGAACCAGGGAGGUGUGUCUUCUCUCACAUAUGACAUGGAUCUUUUCAGAAAGGCAGCCUCAGCAAGGGUUUAUUGGGGGAAAAGUGAGGCUUUUCAGUUGGGUCCGUGGGGGGAAACAGGGGCACCGGUUUUACCAGGAAAACUAAGCUGGGGAAGGCAGGGUAUGAAGGUGCUGGGGGUGAUUCUUGGGAAUGGGUCGCAGCUUUUAGGCUGCAGUCAGCCCAGAGACUUUUGUACAGUUUUGGUCUGCCAUGGAUGGACACAGCCUGUUUGCUGCUGUGGAAGGCCAGUUAUCUUGGGUACGACAAACAUCUGUUCUUGCUUGAGCUUAGCUCAGUGGACUUAUCUGGUCCGACACCUUUUUAUCAGUCAAUGGUUGAGGCAGCGCAGGUCUUUAUUUUUCAGCGGAUGGCUGCAGUAACACCAGGGAUGUGGCUGUUUGAGGAACCUCUGUUUUGGAACAGGUUUAUCUCCUUUGGGGUCCUGUCCUUUGAUAGCCUCAGGAUCAGACUGAGGGAGGCUGGCUGUUUGAAAUUGAGUCAUUUCUUGAGGACAUCCAUCCCUCACUUGGAAGAGCGACUCAGCAUCAGGUCACACAGACUGCUGUCCAGGCUGGUGGUAGAGGUCUGUGGGUCCCUGCCAGAGGUCUGUAGAAGUUUUGUCAAGGACCGGACUGUUUUGGACCAAUGGGAUGAGCAGCAUGAAUGUGUUUUGGGGGGGUAUUACAUUGGUGUGAAGGUGACAGGCCUGCGCUCCCUGGCUGAGUUGAAGGUGUCAAGGUGGACUGAGUUUUUUGGCAGGGGCUCUUCCCCAGGAGAUUGUUGGCGGUCCCUGUACAAACCCCCCAUUGAUAAACGGACAGGCGACCUCCAGUGGAGGGUUGUACAUGGGGCCAUAGCUACAAACAGGUAUCUGGCACAACUGGUACUGGCCCCGACUCAGUACAUGCUAUCAUGACAGACAGACAUCUCAACACUAGAGUCUGAUCAGAACUGAAAAACACUCAGUCUGCUGUUGGGGCAGUCUUCUCGCUUCCACCCGGGACACGUCUUUUUUCCCCCCGGAAAGUUACAAAAUCGCAUCACGCUUGAUGUGUAUAGUCAGGCGGGUCAAAAUUCGCCUCUGAAUAUUUGUAAUUUCAUGUCGUAUAUUUGCGUCAGUCCCGGUGAGUAAAGACCUUUACAGACCAAACUGAGGUUUUUGUGGGGACCUGGGCUGUGAAUGGGGUUUUGUGUACAGUCCAGGAGAAUUCACUGGUCCUGGAGUUUUGAGCCUUUUCCUUUGUCAUCUUACCGGAUUAUACCCUGUUUUUCUCUGUUGGAGUUUUGUGUUUGUUUUUGUGACAUAGGAUGGAUGAGCAAUAAAGGUCAAAAAGAAGAAGAAGAAGAAGAAGAACUUGAUGGUCCACAGAUGGACAGAUCUGCUGGAGUCCAGAAAGAGGCUCAAAGAAGAGACAGUCAUGUUGAUGUGGACUUUAGAGAAAGUGAUCCUGGAUCUGAAACAUGAUCCUGGUUCAUCAUCUGACUCACUCAGCUGCUCUCAGGUUUUUGUACGACUGUUUCUCACUGUGUCUCCUCAUUUUCGGCUCUGGGACUAAACUGUUUGUAACAGGUAAGAACAAAAACUUUCUCUUUAUUGUUUGAACUGAUUUAUAAAACCUCAAACUCUCUCCACAAAUCUGAAGUUAUUGAUGAAUUUCUGAUAAAUCUGAGUUUGAUCUGAAAUGUUGAGACAGUGUCACCUCUAUAUUUGGUCCUCUCUGUGAGUCAGAACCAUCAUUUCUUUAUUUAUAAUGUUCAGACAGUCAAAUUAACCUCAUGUCAAUUAUAUCAAUAUGAGGCACCAAAAACCUUUGUGUGGGAAUAUUUGUACAAGUAGACAGAUACUCAAUAUUAUCAACUAAUAUUUACAAUAAAUGUGAUUUAAUCUAGAUCUAUGGAUAAACUAUAGAAGCCUUUAUAUUUAAAUAUAUAAGGAAAUGUUAUUAUUGAUUAUUGUCUGUAAAUGAAGCUAAAAAAUGAGAUUACAGUCAAACACAUGGAGGAUGGUACAGAGGUAUGAAGAGUCUGAGUGUUUGUACAAAUUAUUAUAUUCAAACAGGAUUCAUCAUCUUACCCUCAUUAUAUUAUAUUAUAUUAUAUUAUGUUAUAUUGUAUUUUAUUAUAUUAUUUCAUAUUUUAUCAUAUUCUAUAACAUAUGAUAUAAUAUUGUAUUAUUUUUAAUUACAUUUAAUUAUAUUAUUUUAUAUUGUAUUAUAUUAUACUAUAUAUUAUCUUAUACCAUAUUAAAUUACAUUAAAUAAUAUAAUUUAAGUUAAAUAAUAUUAUCUUAUAUUUACAAGCAGCCCUGAUGUUUUUUAUUUUUAUUUUGUAUCAGUAAUGUAGAAUAAUAAAUAACUGACUGAUAUAAUGAUGAAUCACUUCUCUAAAAAGAGCUGAAUGCUCAGACCUACAACCUAAAAAUGUAGAAGAUAAUGUAAGGACUAAAAUCACCAUUAAAUCCUCUGAGAAUAAAAAUGUGUGUAUAUUAUGGACAAAGUAUUUUAAAGUUGAUUGAAAACUGUAAUAAAGUUGUGAUUCAGCUUUGUUGUCAUUAAAUAGUAUUUGUAGUUUUAUAACUGUUUCAAUGAUUUUAAUUUUUGUGAGUUAUAGAAAGUCAGAAAAUGUUGUUCAAGACUGAAGAGUGUGUGUGUGUGUGUGUGUGUAUCAGAUAAGCCCGUGGUGAAGCCCGUGGUGACUGUGUACCCGGCAGCAUCCAGAGCCCAGCUGGAGGGGAAGAGCUCCCUGCUGUGUGUGGCCUCAGACAUGUUUCCUCCUCUGGUCCAGAUCUCCUGGAGAAGACGGGAGGAAGACGGUUCUCUGAAGGAGCUGUCCUCUGCUGAAGGAGAGCAGCUGGAGCUCAGAGAGUCUGGACGCACCGUCUCCAUCCUGAUGAUCCCUCAGAGGGAGAACAGAACGGACAGAUACCUCUGCACGGUGCUGCACCAGGGGGGCAGAGUGGACGCUCACACUGAACAAGGUCCAGAAAUCUGGGUGUCUAAUUCAGCUUGAUUAGAUUGGAGAUGGUGGAGCAGAGGACUGACCUUUCUUUUACUCUUUGUCUCUAACAGAAGUUCCUGCAGCUCCUGAAACCUCCUGUCCUCUAGAGAGAGAGCCGACUGAGCCGUCAGCCCUGCAAGAGACCGACUGUAAGAAUCAGAGGGAAGUUCAGGCACUGCUUUAAAACAGGAGAGAGAAUAAGGGGGAAAACAGGGAAUAUAAACACACACAGGAAAUAUUUCAAAUCAAAUCAGUUCUACGUGCAAAGCAAUUUCACAACGCAAGAUAUAUAGAGAGAAAGGAAACAGGAGCAGACAGUUUGCACUCUUGAUUUAACGCACAGUCAAAGACAGAUGACAAAUAUUUACAUCCAACAAGUUUCUACAAAACACAGAAACAAAUAAUCUGAAAAUAUGAAGUUAAUGUUCGUGAUAUUUCAAUCCACAAUAUGACACUAUCACUUUAAAGCUCUUGUGAGGGUUUUUUACUGGUUAGGAAACUGUUUGAGACUAAUACUGCUGCCUCUUUAGGACCUUAUAACAGUGUGUGUGUGUGUGUGUGUGUGUGUGUGUGUCAGUGUCAGUGUCCUUUGAGUGCAGGGUGAAGCUGCUGUCAGUCCUGUACUCUCUGCUGAUCCUGAAGAGUCUGGUGUACUGCUGUGGACUCUCUCUGCUGACCAUCUUCACUAACUAG